AGUCCAAGAAGAAGAAAAUGUUAGGAAACGCACUUCCGAAUCCUUUCCUAGCUGUCAUUUUUGAAGUGUGGUUACUCCAGAGAUGAGUUGCUUGUUAACGAAACACGACGGUAACAUUACUAGAAAUCUCUGAACCUUCGAGGCAAACUGAAAUAGACAAUGUGGCUGACACAUCCUGUUUUAAAGGCGACAGACCAGCUAACUUAGCUCCCGGUGCCGCCCGCUGCUAACCAGGAUCUCCCUGCUUGCUCGGUGAUGGAGAGGCUGAUAAGCAAGCUCACAGAAAAGCAUGUCCUCUUCACGGCUUCCUUCGCUAUACGACUGGCCUUGGUCGCUUAUGGAGACUUCCAGGACAGGACUAUGGUGGUGAAGUACACUGACAUUGACUACCAUGUGUUCACGGAUGCUGCGAGGUUCAUUACUGAGGGGCAGUCCCCUUACAACCGAUCAACCUACCGCUACACCCCUCUCCUUGCCUGGAUGCUCACCCCUAACAUCUAUGUCAGCAUGGUAUUUGGAAAGAUGCUCUUCAUUUUGUGUGACGUGCUCUCAGGACUGCUCAUCUACAGAAUCCUCCGUCUGAGAGGUCUGCGCUCGGAGACUGCACGUCGUGUUUCUUCUCUGUGGCUCCUCAACCCGCUGCCCAUGGGAGUAUCCAGCCGAGGGAAUGCCGAGUCAGUCCUGGCUGCCCUGGUACUGGGAACAUUACUCUGUAUGGAAGCUCGUCAUCUGAUGUGGGCAGCCAUACUCUAUGGACUGUCUGUCCACAUGAAGAUCUACCCCAUUACAUAUGCUCUGCCCAUCGCCCUAAGCCUGCGUACACAAGAAACCAGAUCUGUUGGGGACAGAAAGAGGUGGACGUGGAGGAGCUUUGUUGGAUUUAUAGGAAGCUUCCUCAACCGAAAGCUGUUACUCUUUGCAAGUGUGGCCGGAGGAGUCUUCUGUAUGCUCACAGCACUCUUCUAUUACAUGUAUGGUUGGGAGUUCCUUCAUGAGACCUACUUGUACCAUCUGACCAGACGGGACAUCAGACACAAUUUCUCUCCAUAUUUUUACAUGCUCUACCUCACUGCAGACAUCAGGUGGAGCCAGUGGCUUGGCCUGGCAGCAUUCCUGCCACAGCUCAUCCUGCUGUUUGUGGCAUCAUGGGCCUUUCACUCUGACCUGGCUUUCUGCUGUUUCCUGCACACCGCCAUCUUUGUCUCUUUCAACAAAGUCUGCACUUCACAGUACUUCCUGUGGUACCUGUGUCUACUCCCUCUGGUCCUUCCUCGCUUGAGUCUGUCACUAAAACAAGGAUUGGGACUGCUGCUCCUCUGGUUUGCUGGACAGGGUAUUUGGUUGUGUCCAGCCUACUUCCUGGAGUUUGAAGGCUACAACACCUUCCUGUUGAUCUGGCUUGCCGGUUUGCUCUUCUUGAUCAUCAAUUCCUCCAUCUUGAUUCAAAUCGUAGCCCACUACAAACCAACACAAACACCACAGAGACUGAAGGUUGAGUGACACUCAGUAAUUGUAAUUGAUAGAGGUGAUAUUAUGGGGAUGCAAAAAUAAAGUUUGUAUUUUGGUAAA